GGAUGGGAGAGAAAGGGCUCUCUGCUCGACUAGGGAGAGGCCGGGCGAUGCUAGCCCGGCGUGGGGUUGGGGUUGGGGAGCGGGGCGGCCGACCCCCCAGGUGUGUUCAUCUCUGCAGUCGCCGUGCCCUUUGCCCCCGCACCGCCUCUUUGCCGACCCUUUGUUCCCGCGGACGUUGGGAGAACCCACCACGAUGAAGUUUCAGUUUCAGGGCACCGUUCUCCUAGCGACACGUGCUGUUUAAUUCCCUUCUAUUGCGUCCCUGUGACUAUCUCCAUUCUGCUUGGAACUCUCAGCACUUCGGCUUUCACCCUUCGCGGGAGUUUGAUCACAUUCGGGAGUAUAUAUCCUGGGAAAAUAUGGACAGAGGAAAAUCAGAGAAAUACAAGAAAGGGAAGCUGCAGAAUACAUUGCCCAGGCACGACGUCAGUAUCAUUUUGAAAGUAACCAGAGGACUUGCAAUAUGACAGUGCUGUCCAUGCUUCCUACACUGAGAGAGGCUUUGAUGCAGCAACUCAAUUCUGAGAGCCUUACAGCUCUGCUCAAAAACAGGCCUUCAAACAAGGUAGAAAUAUGGGAGGACUUGAAGAUAAUAAGUUUCACAAGAAGUAUCGUGGCUGUGUACAGUACUUGUAUGCUGGUUGUUCUUUUGCGAGUCCAGUUAAAUAUAAUUGGUGGAUAUAUUUACCUGGAUAAUGCAGCAGUUGGCAAAAAUGGCACUACUGUUCUUGCUCCUCCAGAUGUCCAACAACAAUAUUUAUCAAGUAUUCAACACCUUCUUGGAGAUGGCCUGACAGAAUUGAUCACUGUUAUUAAACAAGCUGUGCAGAAGAUUUUAGGAAGUGUUUCUCUUAAACAAUCUUUAUCUCUUUUGGACUUGGAGCAAAAACUAGAAGAAAUCAGAAAUCUUGUUGAGCAGCAUAAGUCUUCUUCUUGGAUUAAUAAAGAUGAAUCCAAAUCUUUAUUAUGCCAUUAUAUGAUGCCAGAUGAAGAAACUCCAUUAGCAGUUCAGGCCUGUGGACUUUCUCCUAGAGAUGUGACCACUAUUAAACUUCUCAAUGAAACUAGAGACAUGUUAGAAAGUCCUGAUUUUAGUACAGUUUUGAAUACCUGUUUAAAUCGAGGUUUUAGUAGACUUCUAGACAAUAUGGCUGAAUUCUUUCGACCUACUGAACAGGAUCUGCAACACGAUAACUCCAUGAAUAGUCUUUCCAGUGUCAGCCUGCCUUUAGCUAAGAUAAUCCCAAUAAUAAACGGACAAAUCCAUUCAGUUUGCAGUGAAACGCGUAGUCAUUUUGUUCAGGAUCUGUUGAUGAUGGAGCAAGUGAAAGAUUUUGCUGCUAAUGUGUACGAAGCCUUUAGUACCCCUCAACAACUGGAGAAAUGAUUUUUCCUUCAAGAAAAACUAUGAUGGGAUUCAUUUAAGUAUACACUGAAUAAAUCAACUAUACUGAGAAUGACAGUUUGUUACCAAAAUAACUAAUAAAAGUAUAUUAUUAAUCAAAGACUUCAUUUCAUAAGAAAAUACAUUCAUUUGGCAUCUUAAUAUAUUUUUUUAAAUUCAUCAACAAACCAGUUUUUGUGUGCAUAUGUGAGUGCACACAGAGUACAAAUAUGAAAAUUGUUAAUAGUUUGUUACACUGUGGGUAUUCUAAACUGACUAUAAUCUGAUGUAGAUACUUUUAUAUAUAUAUAUAUAUAUAUACGUACAGAUAUAGAUAUACUUGCACACACACAUAAUACAAAAUGCAGUGUGCUUUGACAUUACUACUGAAGAAAAAAAUCUGUUUGAGAAAUAGGUCUUGGAUGUGUGAAGCUUCAGAAAUGUGCUACUUAACUAAUCAAACGGUUCCCUGGACUGCAGUAACCUGGAGUAAAUCAGACUUUUAUCUAGUUACCCUUCAAAGAAAUAAAUUAUUUGUCUCAAUUAUACCUUAGUGAAAGACUUUUCUUAUGGAAAUCAGUGAAUUUUAACCAUUAUUAUUGGGUAUUUUUUUCUUUUGCUAUAUUUUCCUUGCUAUUUCUUUGCUGUUUUCUAAGGCAUUGUUCAAAAGCCUUUGAAAGUUACAUUUUGAUUUAGAAGCUAAAAUUGUGUUGGUGCUGUUUCUUCACAGCUCUUAAUUACUUAUUCAUUUUUAUGUAAAUAAUCUUAAUAACUUACUUUGUAUUGAUUUCGAGUACAGUGGAUAUCUUAUGGCAAUAAACUAUUUUAAUAAAAUACGA